UUUUUCGAGCCCCUAAAUUGUUGUUGUACCACAGUUGAAACGCUUAUAUCACAUUUUCAUUAAAUUAUUACUUUGCGUUAGUAUGUUAGACUCAUUUUCUAGAUAUCUAAAUGACCAUGUUACCUGAAAUAUGGUAUACAAAUUCAUCACGGGCCUUAAGCGCUACCUACACAACUCUCUGUGCGACAUUGAAAUAUUUUGAUAUCAAUAAUUUGUCGAAGAAUUUGUUUGAUUUAUAUAUGAUUUAAAUUCGUAUUUAUUCGUAUUUAAAUUCGUAUAUAUGAUUUAAAUUCGAUUUAAAUUUUAUUCGUUUCAUAAAACUUAAUUAUCUUUCUCGCAAAUCUGUUUCUUUGUUCAUGAAACAAUACAUAAUUUUAUUCAUUUACUAUACAUGUGAUGUCAUUCGUUUGUCAUCUCACUUUUACAUCAACAUGUAUAACCUAAUGUGUACAUAUUCGACCGAUAAAUAAACCAAACCAUAUCGAUCGUAUGAGAAAUACUAAUGGCUAGUGACAUUCUUCUAUAAAACGGAACGUGUUACCAAGAUUUUAAAGAAUAAAGUAUAUUAAAAAUAUGGUCGUUGAGUUUAAUAUUAACUCUUAAUCCCCUGUGUAUAGUGCCAACGUUUAUUUAUUCUUUGAGAUUUAAAUGAAGUAAGACAAUGUGAAUAAACUUCAUAUGACAGCAGUAGGGGAUAAAGCUGGAAGAGAGAAGGAUCUUGAAAUUUUCGUAAAGCAUAGUAGCUUGGUGAAAUAUUUAUUACAAUUAAUUUACAUUAUCUUAAUAGCGCGUUAUCGAUAAUAUAUAUAUAUAUAUAUAUAUAUAUAUAUAUAUAUAUAUAUAUAUAUAUAUAUAUAUAAAUAUUAUGUUUCGGAUCCAAUACUCAUUUUAAAUAUAUCGCAGAAAUGUUUUAUACUGAGUAGAAAAUGGAUAAGUAAGUCGUUGUUUGUUCGUCUUAAUGAUUCUAUUCUAUGACAUGUUACGGUUAGAUCUAUGAUGAAAGAAGUAAUGGCUUAAAAAUGAAGCUGUAUAAGUUGAUAGUUCAUCAAAAGACCUUUAGUGAAGAAGAUUUAAUAAUCAAUCCAAAAGAUCACCCUAGUAUAAAAACUGGAGAUGUUGUUGAAAUUUAUCACCCGGAGGUUGAAUUUAGCCGUCUACUCCUUCAAGUCACAUCCUUUAAAGAAGAUUUACAAGGAAGGGAGACAAUUAGCGUGGAGAACAAUGUAGCCACAAUGUUUCAAUUAAGAACAUUUGCAGAUGUAUAUAUGAAUGUUGUUAAUCCAGACGAUGUAGCUUUGGAUUCCAUUGAACUUACCUUCAAAGACCAGUAUCUGGGUCGUAGUGAAAUGUGGCGUUUGAAAAAUAGCUUGGUCAACACUUGCGUAUAUAUGAACAAGAAGAUCGAAUUCUGUGGAGGCAGUAUCAGAUGUCAAGUAUAUGAAAUGUGGUCACAGGGUGACAGAGUCGCUUGUGGUGUUAUAACUAAUGAUACUAAGGUUGUGUUUCGUUCUUCCACCAGUAUGGUGUAUCUUUUUAUUCAAAUGAGUUCAGAAAUGUGGGAUUUUGACAUUCACGGUGACUUAUAUUUUGAAAAAGCUGUUAAUGGAUUUUUAGCUGAUUUAUUUCAAAAGUGGAAAAAGAAUGGCAGUAAUCAUGAAGUAACGAUUGUUCUAUUCUCAAGAACAUUUUAUAAUGCUAACAGUCUGGAAGAAUUUCCAAAUCACAUGCGUGAAUGUUUACAACAUGAUUAUAGGGGAAGAUUUUAUGAAGAUUUCUACAGGGUGGUAGUUCAAAAUGAAAGAUUUGAAGAUUGGAGUAACGUGUUGGUACAAUUACGUAAACUGUUCACAGACUAUCAAAAAAUUGUAUUAGAAUAUCAUCAAAAAUCAGGUGUCUCUAUACCAAAAGCAGUAAAUUCAACAGCUGCACAGGGCAACUUUUUAGAAGUACUGAACAUGUCUUUAAAUGUGUUUGAGAAACAUUAUCUGGAUCGUAGUUUUGAUAGAACUGGUCAGUUGUCGGUGGUGAUUACACCUGGCGUAGGUGUUUUUGAGGUUGACAGAGAGUUAACGAACGUUACAAAACAAAGAAUUAUUGAUAACGGAGUCGGUAGCGAUUUGGUGUGUGUCGGAGAACAACCAUUACAUGCAGUACCUUUAUUAAAGUUUCACAAUAAGGAUACAUCUGUUAACGCGCCUGAUGACUAUAGCAUGCCGCACUGGAUUAAUCUAAGUUUUUAUUCAACAAAUAAAAAAAUUCCUUAUUCAACAUUUAUACCUCGUAUAAAACUUCCUCAGAGAGUGUCAAAACAAUCAGCAGAAACGAUCAGCGGAAAAUUGCAGUGCAAAAGUAAGCUUUUACAAGAAGAUGCAAAGGAAUGUUUACACAAUACUUUGUUUGACUAUGAUGCAUACGAUGCACAAGUCUUUCAAUUGCCUUCAGUCCAUACGUCAAGUAGUUUGCAACGAGUUACGACGAGAACUAAAAAGACAAGCGUUGCCAGCAUGGAAACACAUAAUAACGCGCAUAUACUGAAACUUCUGAAAAGAAAAAUGUCAGAUCCUGAUAUACAUCAUCCACCACCUGAAUCUCACUCACCUCCAGCUGCGACAAGAAGCGCGGCAAUCUUGAUACCUUCUAGAACAGAUGACGUAACUAGUAGCGAAUCCAACGGAGAAGUCAAUGAAUCGAGGAUAUCAGUAAAAAGCGAUUUAACCGAUUCAGAAAUAUCACCGCCAUUUAGGCCGGUUGUUGGUAGUGCUGGAAGCCCCACAAAUACAAUAUCUCAACCUACAACUAUUAGGCCUAGUAGAGCACUUAUUAAUCCUUUUGAUCCAUCUCACGUUACAAUUAAAUUAACUAGUAACAGACGAAGAUGGACGCAUAUUUUUCCUAAAGGGCCAACAGGUGUACUUAUACAGCAACAUCAUUAUCAAGCUGUGCCAACACAAAUGUGUUCAGAAUCACAAUCUGAUGCUACCUCCACUAUAAGCGGUUCCCCUAUGGAACAUAACGACAUCUCUAACUCAAAUCAGUUUCAAGAUCACACAAAGAAUAAACCGCAGAGAUUAAAUCUUCUACUAUCAGGCACUGAUAAAAGUGGGAAUCCGAUAUCCUCUACGGGCAAUAAGUCUUUGACAUUGUUAUGGGGUGCUACUGGUGAACAGGAAUGGACACCGGCACUUACAACAGCAAUCAUAGGCGUUGAUUGGAAAUCAUUGACAAUCCCAGCAUGUUUGCCAAUUACUACAGAUUAUUUUCCCGAUAAAAGAAGUUUACAAAACGACUACGUUGUGUCAGACUAUAAUCUAUUGCCUGACGACGUUAAUACAGAUUUUGCUCAACAACGAGCAAUAUAUAAAAAACCUUUAACAACUGCCGAAGUAUUUAAGGAGCUUGUAUCGCAACGAUUAGCACAGGGUUUUCAAUUAAUUAUUUUACCGCAAAAUAAUCAAAAUCAGAGCCAUACACCCGGUAGUAAUGCUGUCCCUGCAAUAAGCUCUGUAAUGCGGGGACGGCAAACAGAAUCAGAACCGAAGGAGGAAUAUUUGCUAAGCAUUGGGAGAAUAUUUCACAAAAUAUCUUUAUUCGAUAAUUGUAUAACAGUAACAAGAUAUCGGCCAAGGCAUCCUUACCCUCCGUUCAAUAUUCAUUAUCUUUAUCGAUUUCACGCACCUCAUCACGACACGUACGAAGUAUCAUGGGUAUCUUUUACAACGGAGAAGCUUGAAAAUUACAAUUGGAAUUAUUUGGAUCAUUACAUCUGUACCAGGGGCCAUACUGAUUUUGCUUUAGUAGAGGCGCUUAAAUACUGGAGAUUUCGCGUGUUUUUACUUCCUUUGCACAAUUCGGCUACUCGAAAAUUUUUAGAGGGAUCAUCAAGAUGUGAUAUAUAUACACCUCUCACCACUUCCGAACAAGUGUCUCUCUUGGACGGAUUUUUACGGUUCAUCGAGCUGUGGCCGAAUAAAAUACGCCGCCCGAAUCCGAACAAAAAUUGGAAUCCUUCGACUCUAGGUGGUGUUUCCCAGAGAGAUCCUGCCUCUCACUUGACCAGACGCAGGCACAGCACGAGCCUGAUUGUCCUCACUAACCAGACCAAUCUAGUCGGCAGCUCUCCCUUCAGGGAGCGACUCGGAAGCAAUCGUCUACCAGAGAAACCGAGACCAAGAUCAGGUUCCAAAGUGAUGGACAGAGGACGAAUCUCACCCGCCAGCGAAGCUGUGUUACCCCUUUCACUUGAGCAACAGCAAGACCAUUUCGAUUCUAACGAAGAUAGUAGUACAAACAUGGAAUUGACAAGGUUAAAGAACACCGCGCCAAAUAACGAAAUUCUAGAAGCAAUGAAACACCAACAAAACGGCGUGGGAUUCCUCACACAACACCCAUCUCUUCCAAGCCAAACAUUUGUUAGCGCAGAUGCAGUGCAAUGGUUAAAUAAUCACAUAGAAGGAGGAGUAACAGUGGAGAGUGCCAUCAAUAUCAUGAAUGGUAUGAUACAAGACAAGCUCAUAUGCCACGCGUCUGGAGAUUUUUCUAAACCAUUCAUUCUAGGAUUUUAUUUGUAUCACAUAGUACAAGAUAAAGAAAAUCAAAGAGCUGGCGAUUAUUUCUCGCCCCUGGGUGAUUUGCAAAGCUUUGAAAAUGAAUGGGUAGAAGUCGAAAUAAGGGCACCCAAAGGCUGGUGUGAACCAUCUUCGCCAGGAUCAUUCCCCCUGAUGUCAUCUCCGAUGACUAUACCUAGCUGCGAUACUACCAUUGUAGACGAAUCAAACGUAGCGCCGUUUCUUAAAGAUGAGUUAGACAUAUCCGACAUGGCGGAUGAACAUGGAGAAUGGCAAGUUCCGUCAUAUAAACAUACUCAUCUGGAUAUAGACAUAAACAAUAGAAGCGACAGAAUCGAAUGGGGACAUCUAAGAUAUCAAUCUAUAUACAAAGUAGAUCAUUCUUACGAACUAGUGGUACAAUGGGUUGCAUCAUCUGGUAGUAUCGUCGCUGACCUUAUAUUUGUGUGGCAACGUAAGGCUCAAAUGUGCGGAAUUCAAAUGGUUCCUAUCCCAAGCGAUCUACUAGCAUUACCGUUCACUUUAAAAAGUGAUCCUUUAAGGGGGCCUAUUUUUAUACCAUUAAAUACAGAGUGUCUUAUGGCAAACAAACAACAUCUUUUCGAAGAAUUUCGAGAAGUAACCUACGAACAAAGACUCUUUCUUUUUCAAGAGACGAUUGUACAAAGAUUUGGCUUUGUUCCAUGCCUAAUAGAAAGUACUGAAAACGAUCAUCAGUACGUUCAUAUGACCGGCAAUGCAUUCAUACUGAUUCCAUCUACGACAAAUACAAGAUCACGUCCUCGAACCGCUACCAACAUAGUGAGACGAAACACGGGACAAAAGGGAUAUCCGAUUCAUUCUGAUCAACCCAGCCCUCAUGAAGCUUACAUUACGAGACACGUUAGCGGGAAGAACAAAGAUGACUACAACAAAGAUAAGAGGAUUGGUUUCCUUUGGUCGUGGAAUCACAUGCUUAGUAGAAAAUGGAAAUCAUCAUCCACGUUAGUUGGCGAUGAAUUGUUUCAGAAAAAGCUCAUACAAGAUUUUAGGCAUUUUUGUUCGAAUGGGGACAAUAGAUUGAAACAGUUCUGGGAACAUUGCUGGGAGAUAAAAGAAAAAUCCUGCACGAAAACAAUCUAAAGGAUCAAGUGGAAUGUAUAACGUAAAUAUUGUUUUAUAAGCAUUGUAUUUCAAUUGUAGUAGUAUUUAGAAAAUUUAAGUAGUAUUUAGAAAAUUUAAUUUCAUCGCCAUUAAAGUAAGUACUUCGUUUUAGACGAUUAAGAAAUCAUUUCGAACGUAACAUGUUCCUUGGGAUACAAUUGUUAUUGCGAUAACGGAAGUAUGUACAGAAUUAAAGAUAUAUAUUAAUGCUUAAAAGAACGAUGUAAAUGAACUGAAAACUAAUGUUUGUAAUAUAUAUGUUUCAAGUUCACUUACAAUUAGUUUGCAUAAGCAUCUGUUGUUUUUACGGCACCGAUAGUAGUAAAUUUAUAAUUUUUCUUACUCGUUGAUACGUGUAUUUAUACAUCUACGAAAGAAUGGAAACGAAGCUAUAUUGAAAUAAAAUGGCCUGUAUUUUUAUUGAACUGAA